AUGCUCUUCGAUGAGGAAAUAUAUGCUGAUCUGUUAUCAGAAGAGGAUAAUUGCUUUGAUAGUGAAAGUGAUUCGGACAGUGGGAGUGAUAUAAUUGUGAGACGAUUCAAAAAUAAGGAAAGACCAAUAAUUAGUGAAUCUGAAAGUGAUGAAGAGAAUUCUGUGGCAAAUGAUUGGUCAGAAGUUGAUUUUAAACCUAACUUUCAUGCUUGCCUGAAACGGUUUGGGUUACAGAAUAAUGAUAACAACAAUGCAUCAACAAAGAAUAAAACUUGGAUUGAAACAAAUGGUGUAGAAAUGAAAAAACUUUUGGGUCUUGUUAUCCUAAUGGGAAGAGUAAGAAAACCAGAACAAGACGAUUAUUGGUCUACUCACCCUGAAUUACAUACACCUAUUUUUCGGAAUACUAUGCCAAAGAACGGGUUUUGGCAGUUAUGGAAGUAUUGGCACUUCAGUAAUAGUGAGCAUUGCCAAGAAAGGCUUGAUAAAAUAAAACCAGUUUACUCGUACGUGGUAGAGAAGUUUCAAAACAUUUAUGAACUCGAGAAAGAAUUAUCGCUGGAUGAAGGUAUUAUUCCAUGGAGGGGCAGGCUAUCUUUUCGUACAUAUAAUCCUGCAUGGAAUUUUAGUCCGUAUGGUGGGUGA